UCUCUCUCUCUCUCUCUAGCCCCAGAAAAUGUCCAAGAAAAUGGCCACCACUGCAACCCCCGUCGACGGCAGUGGCGGCGGCCGUCAACUCCGGUCUCAUCGAAACCCUCUUCCCAGAUCGCCUCGAUUCCGAUCCCAGACGAGUCACGAAACCGUCGUUCUCGCUCUACCCACUUCCCUGCGCAGCAGCAAGAAGACGAAGCAGCAAAAGAAGCGGCCCAAGACCGCGCCCUCGGAGAAAGAACAGACGCCGACCUGCGGCAGGAAUCGGCGGCUGCCCUCGGCCUCACCGGACGCAGCGCCUCAGAGCCGGAGAAGGUCGCCCAGAUUUGCUGCCAGCGCGGCGAAGUGCGAGAGUGACAUGGGGUCAAGUGGAGGAGGAGGGAAAGAGAUUGUUCCUGCUUCGAGGAACGUGCGGCCUUCGAAGCCAGUCGGAGCGCCUCAGAUUCCGAGGAGAUCCCCGAGGUUAGCCUCUAUUGCGGCUGUUCACGCGAAGCAAGACGGGGUUCUUGAUUUGGGCGGAGGAGGGAACCCGGUGGAGGGUGCGGAGAAGGAAGGUGGGGGAAACAAGAGGACGAAAGUAGAAGUGAGGGCGGAGGAGGGGAAGGAGGUAGCGGUAAGAGCAUUGGAGCAUUGUUGUGGCCCCGAGGAAUGGACGGAAGAGCAAGAGAUGGCAUUGCGGAAGGCUUACUUGUCGGCUAGGCCGUCGCCACAUUUCUGGAAGAAGGUCUCCAAGAUGGUACCAGGAAAAUCUGCUCAAGAAUGCUUCAACAGAAUCCACACAGAGAUUGCAACUCCACCCCAGCAUCAACCUCGUUCAAGAGCAAUCAAAAGCAAUUGGUCUCCAAUAGGAAACGUUACCUUUUCAGACAAAUCUGUGGACAAUAUGAAGCUGAAGGUAAAAAGGGCAAGGAGCGGCAAACAAAAGAGUCUUGUUGCACAGAAGACAGUGAGGCACUUGCUAAGGCAGCACUGCUUGGCGGAUCAAACCAAGGAAGCAGAUUAUUUCUCGGUUCUUGAAACUUCACCAAGUGCAUUAGCAUUAGAUUUGCCCGAGAUUACAUCCCCUGGAACACCUGAUCGUAUGUUUACCAAUGCUGGUUUCCUCUUGAAGUGCAGUGAGAACUCUACAUCAGCUGCUCAUAAGAGGCUCUUGUCACGGUUCAAGACCAGUAAUGCAGAUCCAAGUCCUGAGGUUCUGAAGCAGAUUAAGAACGUGGCCUUGCACGAGAAGUACAUUGACCAUCUACAUUGCAGAGAAGCAAGAAGAAGAGCACAUCCUAGGACAGCAAACUCUGUUGCUGCUGGUAUGUACAACAAGGCCGGUAACGAUCCAGAACCUGGAGUUCUGAAAGCCGCAAGAGCUGCUUUGAUCGCUGAAGCGAAAGAAGCUAUCACUCAUUACCAAUUCGUGCAAUCAAACUUCGUAGAUCAUGAGGACGAUGGUGCUACAUCUGAUAACCUUGAUGGUAAUUCUGAUAAUGAUGUUGUAUGAUGAGGAAGUGAUUUAGGCACUACAAUGAAGUCUUGGUUGGUGUAAACACACACAUUCAUCAAUAAUCGAUAUCUUAGUUGAUAUUUUGAAGCA